CACCAAGCUGCUCUGCUCCUGCAAUGUAGCUAUUGCUAUGGAGACGUUUUUGAAAAUGAGCAGACCAACUGACAAAAGCCCAUCUGCAAAGACUCAGAAGAACUCCUGACCAAGUUUCUCUGCCGGCUGCUCCCGUGAUGAACAUUAUUUGAUAGAGUGUGUGACAUCCCCAAUAUCCCAGCACAGCCGGAGACACAGACAGUCCCACCAGCCCCGGCAGACUGGCACUGUUGAUGUUCCACUCGCUGACUCAAAAUGCCCAGGCUAAUAAAGGACUUGUCCGGGUUGGUUCUCCUCCUCUGGUUCCUGCUGUCCCGCGUCAAGGAUGCUUGGUUCCGGUUCUGGGACGCUGCCUCUCUCGGUGCUUUCUCCAGUAAAAGUGCACACCUGUUUGCAGCGGAGCAGUCGAGCUGUCCCGAACCGCAGCGGUGAGAGAUGUCACUUCCUCACAUCAUCAUCCUCCUCAGAGGAGCAGAGAGAGGCCCAUGCUGGUGGUGGUGACUGCUGCUGUUGCCAUGACAGCAGCUCAGCAGUGUCUCCGGCCGUGCAGAGGGUGAGUGGGAUGCCCCGUCCUCAUCUCUCCAUCCUGACUCAGACAACGGCAUACUGGACAAAAAAAACAGCCCCACCCCGACUGAUCGACGAACAGGACUGGCCUGCAUGCAGGAUGAGCUCCAGGCCUCCCCCAUCCAUCCCUCAGGAGGAAACAUCUCAACAUAGCUCUUAUUUUGAAAGAGAGCUGCAAGAUGGCAAGUACAGCGGUUGUGACUCCCGACUCUAUCCACGAUAAAAGCAGCCGCUAUUAUUUGGUGACCUGGGUGAACAACCUGCUGAAGACCAACUUCAAAGAUGUGCGGGAGAUGGGUUCAGGUGCAUGUCACUGUCAGAUCAUGGACUGGGUUAUUCCUGGCUCUGUUGACAUGACCAAGGUGAAGUUUGAUGCACAAGGUGAGGAUGACUAUAAGCACAACUACAGUCUCCUCCAUGAGGCCUUCAGCAAGCGCGAUAUCCCAAAGACUAUUCCAGUUGAGGAGCUUAUAACAGGGGAUUCUCAAAGGAACUUUGAGAUCAUGAAGUGGUUCAAAGCUUUCUACUUGGCAAAUGUGAAAAAUGAAGAAUACGACCCUUUGAAAGCUCGGGACAGCCAGGAUAUCAGCCCCAUUGCGGUACCUCCUGAACUGCAUAAAGGGGGAUCUAAAUUGGAAUCAGACACGGAGGAGAAUGUCACUGUAACGACUAAAGAGUUCCCUUUCACUGAAAAGUGGAAAGCUAUUUUUGAUUGGGCUGACCAUAGUGCUGUUGGAGAGCAAUAUACCUACUGCCGUUCUUGCGACAGUAACAUGAGGACAUUUAAGAAAGGCUUUGUUGAACUCAGGCGACACGAGGGAACAAACAAACACAGGAAAAGGGCUCGAAAUUACAAAGGUGUUGGCCUGCAAGGCAAAUGCUCUGAGCCGCUGCCUUGCAGCGAUGCAGCUAUUCGGUUUAUUAACAAGCACUGCUACACUGGCCCUGCUAAAGGUGAAAAUUCGUCUAGAUAUUUUGCAGCCUGUAAACUGGGGUCCCAGUACCCCGAAGACAUCACAUCCGCUUGCCAACACACUCCAUACUGUGUAUACAUUUAUGGAGGGGCUACACUGGGAAAGGAUGACACUGUCUCUGUGGUUCUUGUUGGGUUUUUUGAUGUCGAAGCAUCCAGGCACCGCAUCCGAUUUUUGGAUGCUCUUCAGUCAGAGGAUGGUGCAGAAGAUCAAACAGCAGCAGCAGUGGUGGAGAUCUUGAAGAAGUUCGGGUUACACACAGAAAAUCUUGCCGCUGUUUAUUCUGAUGGUAAUGGCGCGGCCUCAGAGCAGAUCUGCUCGCAGCUCAGGGAACUCAGCCCGAACAUAGUAGCCUUAGGAGGGCUGUACGCCAUCGCUGAUGAUGCUUGCCAUGCUGGGAUUAAACAGCUCUCCAGUCAGGCUCAAGAGUUGAUGGUAGAUAUCCAUGCUCACUACUCCUCCUGCUCUACCAAGAAUGACAACCUCAAGGCUCUUUUUGGCUCAGACAUCAGUGCGGAUAGUCCAUCAUUUCAUCUCAACACCAGCUGCCUUAAGUUCUGCCAGUUAGUCACAAAACUCUUGGAAGUAUGGACCGAUCUCAUAAUGUACUUCAAGUCUUGCGACAAGGACGAUGACAAAGCCAUGUUAAUCUGCUCCCAGCUGCAGGAUCCCAAAGUCAGGGCAACAUUUAUGUUCCUGGAGCAGGCCUUAAAGCCUCUGCACAGUUUCCAAAGGCUUCUGCAGACACAGGAGGGAGCUGCCCGAGCUGAUAUGCUGCUCAUCCUAGAAGAGGCCAGUAGCCUGCUGUGCACCUACACCUCCUACUUCCUUCACCCUGAAGCUGCUGUUCGCUUCCUCAAAGAACGCAAUGCCCAAAUCCUUAAGGACAAGAAAUUCCACCUGUCGAGCCCUGAACUCAAUCUGUGUGGUAAAACUGUGGAAGACUUCCUGAGUGAGUCCGAGGCUACAAAUGCACUGCCACUAUUAAAAGAGGAGGUGUUGUCUUUCUACGUCGCACUCACAGGCUGCAUUGCAGAGGAGCUGCCUCUGAGUGACGAGGUGCUAAGGAGCAUAGCUCAGCUGCUGAACCCCCAGAACAGAGUGAAGGUGACUGAGAAAGUGGUCGGGGAGCUUGGGACCAAGCUAGAAAUCUGCAGCUCCCCUGAGGAGGUCAACCAGCUCACAAGUGAAUUCCUUGAGUAUCAGCUGGCUGAGGAGGGAGAGAAGGACAACUCAAAAGUGGUUUCACUGGAGAAACACUGGGCCAGCGUACUGAAGGACAUCAAGCCGACAUCAAUCUUCAGGAAACUUGUUCUGACCCUGUUGUCUCUCCCCUGCCCUCCCCUUGAUGCUCAGCAGGCCUUUACUCAGGCCCUGGAGAACAAAGGUGCUGCAGUGUUCUCUGAGAGUGAGGCCUUAACAGAAAGCGAGUGUGACCUCACGUCCGACAGCAUGCUCUCUGACUACAUCAGCAGCAAAGACUCCCCAGUUCACACUGAAGAACUGAAUGGCCUUAAUGUGACAGUAAAGAAGUGUGAAGUCCGCCUUACAAAGAUACAUGGAAAUGCCGGUACACCUGGAGAGAAUGGCACCUCGUGGAAAGAGAUGGCCUUUAGGGGAGGUUUUGGCUGGGAGAGCAGCUUGCGCCAGAAGCCACACGCCCGUACAGUGUUUCAGGCUGGUGCUAGCACCUGGUCCACCCCCGUAGAUGUUGAUAAGGACAGCAAAAAUGGUCUGGAGUCCAAAGCUGAGGUGGCAGAAGAGACGUCACCAUUCAGUAAACCCAAACCAAGAGGACGACGGAAACAUGUCUACCAGGAUGGGAAAGGGUUUCUGACAGGAGAGCUAGUGUGGGGGAAAGUGAAGGGCUUUUCCUGGUGGCCCGGGAUGGUGAUGCCUUGGAAAAGCAAGACAGGUCCCCCGGGUAUGCGGAGGGUGGAGUGGUUCGGAGACGGGAUGUUCUCAGAGAUCUAUACGGAGGGUCUGUUGACAUUCAGGGCCUUCAAAAAGUGCUUCUGCAAAAAUUCCUAUGCCAGCUUGCCCGUCUACAAGGAAGCCAUCUACCAGAUCAUUGAGUUGGCAGCUGAGCGAAGUGCUAAGUCUUUUGCUGAGGCUGAAGGAAAUAAAGAAAAAGAGCUGAAGCUGAUGCUGGAAUGGGCCUCUGAGGGAUUUCUACCUACAGGACCUGAAGGAUUCAUACCUCGUGAUGCUGCUGCACAUCAAGAAUCUUCUGACUCUGCCUUGUCUGACUACCAGCCUCCAGCAAAAAGGAAAUAUGUUUUAAAAAACAAGGCAAUUGCAGCCGUCAUCACCUAUAACAGAGAAUCAAUAAGAGAAAAGGUCAAAGAGAAAGGCAAAACAAUUGGAGAUUUUUGUUUGGCAUGUGGAUCGACUGAGAUUGAGGUGCAGCACCCGUUGUUUGAAGGUGGUCUUUGUCUGAAAUGCAAGGUGAACUUCACAGAGACACUGUAUCGCUACGAUGAAGAUGGCUACCAGUCGUAUUGCACCGUGUGCUGCGCCGGCUUAGAGGUCAUUCUGUGUGGCAACGCCAGCUGCUGCAGGUGUUUCUGUAAGGACUGUCUGGAAAUCCUGGUGGGACUGGGCACCUUUGACAAGCUGAAAGAUAUUGAUCCAUGGAGCUGCUACAUGUGCAAGCCGUCAGAGUGCGACGGAAACCUCAAACUCAGACCAGACUGGAGCGUCAAGGUUCAGGACUUCUUUGUCAACAACAGUGCCAUGGAGUUUGAGCCUCACAGAGUUUACCCCUCCAUCCCCGCUGAUCAGCGCAGACCAAUCAAGGUGCUCUCGCUUUUUGACGGCAUUGCAACAGGCUACCUGGUGCUCAGAGACCUGGGCUUCAAGAUCGAGCGCUACGUUGCUUCAGAGAUUUGCGAAGAUUCGAUCGCUGUGGGGAUGGUCAAGCACGAGGGAAAGAUCGAAUAUGUCAACGAUGUUCGAACCAUCACAAGGAAACAUGUGGCUGAAUGGGGUCCGUUUGAUUUUCUGAUCGGAGGCAGUCCGUGUAACGACCUGUCCAUGGUCAACCCUCUUCGAAAAGGAUUAUUUGAGGGCACUGGAAGGCUCUUUUUUGAGUUCUACCGCCUUCUGACCUUGUUGAAACCAAAGGAGGAUGAGGACCGUCCAUUCUUCUGGUUGUUUGAGAACGUCGUUUUCAUGAGUGCCAACGAUAAAUCAGAUAUCUGCAGAUUCCUGGAGUGUAAUCCAAUUCUUGUUGAUGCAGUGAAAGUCAGUCCUGCUAACAGAGCACGCUACUUUUGGGGAAACCUCCCUGGCAUGAACAGACCUCUCGCUACGUCUCUAGAUGACAAAGUGAACCUCCAGGAUUGUUUGGAACUCGGACGCUCGGCAAAGUUCGACAAAGUCCGCACCAUCACAACAAAGUCUAACUCUAUAAGGCAGGGGAAGCUUGGGCCACUGCCUGUCUCCAUGAACGGCAAAGAGGACUACCUGUGGUGCACCGAAAUGGAACAGAUCUUUGGCUUCCCCAAACACUACACGGACGUGAACAACAUGGGCCGGUCGCAGAGGCAGAAAGUCCUGGGUCGCUCCUGGAGUGUCCCUGUUAUCCGUCACCUCUUCGCCCCGCUGAAAGAUUAUUUCGAAUGUGAAUAACGACUGUGAACCCAACAGCAGUGGUAAACCUACUGCCUUAUGCCCCCCCCCCCCCCCCCCCCCUCUGCCUGCAUUACUAGCUAGUUCAAACUUUCUUGUCUUUUUCUGAAAGACUUAAUUUAGUAUUAACUACUUUGACUUUUAGAAGUGUUUAUUCCUUUGCUCCUUUUAAUCCUGUAAGUUGUCAGUCAUCCAUGAUCCACUAUCACCAGCAGGCACCGACACUUUUCAGUUAGUUUUUACAGAUUUCCUUUGAUAAAUGAUGGUGCUGUGAUCAAACAAUACGCUCAGAACACGGGCCUGAAUCACGAAGCGAGAUUAGACUGUUGUCAGCUGAGGCCAGCUGUCUUUGGGCUUAACAUACUGAGUUUGCAAUGAAGCGAUAAAGUUGCAAUAGAGACAUUUUAAAGACCAGUAGAAUCACUUUGCCCGCCAUGAUAAUUAUAAUUAAUCAUUAUAAAUUAAUCUGUGCUUUGCCAGCAGGAAACGCUUCACUUAAAUUGUUUUUAAGUGUAUCAUCAAUCCAUAAUUGUUUGUUCAUCAUUGGACAAAAUGCCUUUACAGUAAUACCUAGAUACAUUUCAUAUUUGGAUGUUAUUCCUAAUAUUUCUACAACUUCUUAUUCUAGUCUCAUUGUGUGAUCAUGUUUAACAUAUACAGUAUAUUGAUAACCAGCCUUGUGAUACCGGUUAUUCAGGAUCAUCGAUGUCAGUAACCCAAAGAGAGCCGGUGACCUUGCUUCGUGGUUCAGGCCUCAGGUCUCUACCUCAACAUUGAUUUAUUGGUUAAAAAUCUGCAGUUACACUUUUUUAUCCUGUAUUUAAUUUAUGACUAUGAAAUCUUUCUACGUGAUUUGUAUUUUAUAUUGUUUUAUCUUAUAAUCUUGGAAAGGGAUUUUAAGUCUGACCUAAUCAAGCUCAUCAUUAGCUGUGAUUAAUUUUAUUGUUUUUACUAGCCAAUUUUUUUAUCUGCUCUUUUAAUACGUUUUUAUCCAAAUUACAUAAAUCUCACUGUGGUACACCAGUGAUUUUGUCCAAAAUUACCUCCCUGGUUUUGCAUCGGUGCUAACAUUUUAUCUUUUUUAAGGUCUGCUAUUUAUACCAAAAAUAUUUUCUGUCUACUCAUUGAGAACAAACUGUUGAGAUUUUUAUCAUUAUUAUCAUGUACUGUAUGUUAUCAUAUUACAACUGGAGUGUCUUCAAUAUUACUGUGAUAAGGACAAGACUGCCAAGGUCUUACUUAAACAUGAUGAACAUUGUCCUCAACGUAUGAGGCAUGCACCUUAAAGGAUCAUAACGAUGGUUUUGCACAUUUCCUCCCCUUAAUAAGAAAGGGUGUAGAAUAUAAAACAAAAAAAGCCAAACAUAUUUCACAGCACAGUGUAACUUCCAGCCAAUGCACGCUGCUUUGUUAAGUACCAACGUUUAAGAGCUUUAAUUAAGCUUUUUAUAAAAGAAGACUAACACCUAUCUUCCUCAGGGUCAAACAAUGUAUACUCUAUACUGUUUAAGGUUAGUUUUUUAAGCAACGUAUGACAAAUAAAAAAUAUGACAAUAAAUAAAUAGAAAUUAAGAAAUGCAAAAAUAAAAUAAAUCAAUAAUGAACAAUGAACGCAAAAUAAAGAUAAUAAAAAGAAUGAAAACAAAACAAUCAAAUAAUUAAUAAAAUGAUUUCACAGUCUGGUAGACUAUCUUCAGCCUUCAGCAGGUUAAUGACCUUAAGGACCGUGGCUUUUAAAAAUGCAGAUCACAAUUUUUUAAUCACAUUGCCACGGUGAUAAAGGCUUUUAGACAUUUGUACUUAAACGAAGCAGCGAGCCUUGAACUUGUUGUAGACAGUAGCCCUCCUGUUUAUCCAACUGGCUUCCUUAAAUGUUUCUCUUUGUCAUCUUGGAGUGAUGUGGGCAUUUUUUCAGUAUUUUUUGACAUUUCAUAAACCAAACAAUUAAUACAUUAUUCUAAAGAAUAUUUGUUAGAAUAACUAAACUAAUAAAUUACUUGUGCCCUAAUAUUUUAUUGAUUUUGGACCGUUGGUUGGACAAAAAUAAGACAUUUCACUGUUUUCUGAUGUUCUAUCAGCCGAACAAUUCAUUGAUUAAUCAAGAAAAUAAUCAUCAGAUUAACCAGUAAUGAAAGCAGUCAUUAUUUGCGUCCCUGCUAUAAUCAAGGUCACUUUUUAACACGUUUUGUUAACAGCAGUAACGUUUAUGUAGCAUACACACAAAAACCACUGGUAUGGUCCUUUAAAUCUCAGUGAGACAUGAACCAUUAGUUUGCAUGCAUGUGAAUUUUAUCUGUGUUUUUGUUUUCUAAAUGUUGAUCUUUUUUUAAAUGACCGCUUUUUAUAAUUCUCUUGAGACAUCGACAGUACUGUUCAGGUGUCCCAGAGUUCCGAUUUUAUGCUCAACUGUGUUUUUAUCGUUCAGAUUGAUCAUGUUAGCCUUACUGAAAGUUAAGAUAUUCAGAUUGAUCAUGUUGGCCUUACUGAAAGUUAAGAUAUUCAGAUUGAUCAUGUUGGCCUUACUGAAAGUUACGAUAUUGGUGCUACUUUCGGUACGGAUCACUGUUGGUUUCACUGUGGUUGACCACACAUCACUGUACUGUAUUGGUCCACUGCAUGUUGUGCAGUUACACACAGACCUGCACGAUGGACAGGCCUACAGUGAUGUCGUAGACACUGUUACCUCAUUGUUUGUUUGGGACUUUUGAUUCCUGAUGGUGCUACGCUAACGGUGCUAACUUUGCAUGUACAGUUCGGGUUUGGUUUUGUCUUCUAUGUAUCUUCUUUUUUUUUUACCUCUGCCUUUAAUUGGCAGAUCUUAAAGUGAACUUUUCUUG